AUGGCGCUCAACAACUUCCUCUUCGCGCAGUGCGUCUGCUACUUCCUGGCCUUCCUGUUCAGCUUCGUGGCGGUGGUGCCGCUGUCCGAGAACGGCCACGACUUCCGCGGCCGCUGCCUGCUCUUCACCGAGGGCAUGUGGCUGAGCGACAACCUGACCGUGCGGGAGCGCGCGCGCUUCACCGUGCAGGAGUGGGGCCCGCCGGCCGCCUGCCGCUUCAGCCUGCUCGCCGGCCUGCUCUCGCUGCUGCUGGCCGCCGCGCACGCCUGGCGCACGCUCUUCUUCCUCUGCAAGGGACACGAGGGCUCCUUCUUCUACGCCUUCCUGAACCUCCUGGUCAGCGCCUUCGUGGUCUUCCUGGUCUUCAUCGCCAGCACCAUCGUGAGCGUGGGCUUCACCAUGUGGUGUGACACCAUCACUGAGAAGGGCACCGUGCCUCACAGUUGUGAAGAGCUUCAGGCCGUAGACUUGAAGCUGAACGUGAACAACUCCGCCUUCUACGAUCAGUUUGCGAUUACCCAGUUCGGCCUGUGGGCCUCAUGGCUGGCCUGGCUGGCCAUCACCGUCCUGGCUUUCCUGAAGGUCUAUCACAACUACCGCCAGGAGGACCUGCUGGACAACCUGGUCCACGAGAAGGAGCUGCUGCUGGCCCGGCCGUCGCUGCGCACCUCCUUCCAGGAGGAGAAGAGCGCCGUCAUCUAG